AUGGACCCCAUCGCUGAUAAGUUAUCGUGUCUAGACGACUUACAGAGACACGCUGGUGGGAAGCUUGCGGAGAUCAGCGAGUGGCUCAAAACGUCAGCCUGUGUUUCCAGAUACGACGUACCCAACACGAUCGGCUACCGCGAAAAGCCCGUCCCCACGGACCGAACGCUCUCCCUCCUCUCCAAAGCGCAUGCCGCCUGGCACACCUACCACAGCACCCACCACAGCCCCCACUCCGCCUCCGCCGCUUCCGCUUCCGCGCCCAUCCGCCCGCCCUCCGCCGUGCACGCGAGAGAUCUGCGGAAGCUUGUAGAGAGCACCGCGGGCGGGUCGCUGGACGAUCCUUCCGCCACUGGCGCAUGCGUGCCGUUUUCCAAGCGGGAAGGCGCAGGGGGAGUGGACGCGGGGGGGGGCGGAGGUGCGGUGACGGGGACGGGGGCGGGGGUGGGGACAGGGGCGGGAACUGAGGCGGGUUCAGCGCACCCUGUGGCGGCGAAAGCAGGUCCGGCGGACGACUUGAGGCGGAAGCUUCUCGCCUCGAGCUCAGCUCGAGGUCCGGCAGGUGUAACACCGAGAGACAGGGUAACCGCACACCGGCGAGCUUCGUCUGUGUCGUUUUUCGCCCCAGGCGCAUCGGAUUUCGGGACGGGCAUGGACAGUCCGCCUCACGGGUUUCAUUCGGGGACGGGGAGCCCUAGCGGUGGGAGCGGCGGGGGUGGCGGAGGUGGCGGGGGUGCGGGGAUUGGCGGAAGUGGUAAACCCCCCUCUCUAAGCCCUCGCAUGCAGCAGCCGCCUUCGUCGCAGUUCGCAGCGUUUCCCGGCAGCAGCAGCGCAGGGGGAGCGGGCCCGGCGGGGCGUAGGGUUAACAGACACGCCCGAGCGCAGAGCGUCAGUUUCAGCCCACAUAUGGAUUUCAGCAGCAGCGGCAGCGGCAGCGGCGGCGGCGGCGGCGGCGGCGGUAAUACCAGUGUCAGCAGCAUUACCGGUGGCGGCAGCAGCGGUGGCGGUACUGCUAGCGCCUUAGCUCAUGGCUCUCCCCCCCACCCUGGCGCAGCAGGGGCGCAAGGGGGCGCCCCCGCGCCCGGCGCAGCGGGAAGCAGGGGAGCGGGGCUGGCGCCGCCGGGAAUGGUUAAGGGCGGAAUGGGCAGGGCGGGGCGGCCGGGUCCUUUGGGCGGAGGGGGGUUUGCUGGGGGGAGGGCGGGUCCGGGGAGGGGGAUGGGGCGGGGCGGAUUUUUCAGGAGCGCGUCUGUGGACGGGGGAAGGGGGGCGGAGGAGGAUGGGGGCACGGAUGGUCCGCUGGUGAGGCGGAGGAGUGGCGGAGGGGGGAGAGACCCGCCUGUUGUUGUCAAGCGGGUUGGGAUGCCCCCCUCUGGCCCUGCGGCAGGCGCAGGAGGAGGCGGGGGCAGUGGCGGAAGCGCGGGUGUUGACGGAAAGGAGACUUCAGGUGUGCUACUGAUCGAGAUCGGUAGCAAGGGGGGUGAGGGGAGUGAGGUGGGCAAGGAGAGCGGAAGCAAGGCGCAAGAGGGCAGCAGUGCGGACCAGGAUUCGACAUUUACCUUCCCUCAGCUGGGAGGGGCGAUUGGCGAUCCAGGUUUGGAAGGUGCUUCUAACGGAGGUGGCACUAACGAGGAAGAGGAAUACACCGCGGAUUUGGACAGUAGUGAGGAUGACUGUGACGAGGAUGACGGGGAUAUCGUGGAGUGUAAGGCUGCGCCAGGGGCAUCUGCUACAGGGCGAAUGCCACUGAACGUAUCUGUUAACGAGGACGAUGAUAAGGAGGAUGAGGACGACUGUGUGGUUCUAGCGUCGCCUCUCGUUUCCGCCCAGCCGCAGCAGCCACAGCAGGAGCAGAAGUCCCAGCAGCAGCAGCAGCAGCAGCAGCAGCAGCAGCAGCAAGGGACUGAUGCAGCAGCAGGGUCAAAUUCUCCUAACGGGUUUGUAACAGCAGCAGGAGCAGCAGGAGGAGCAGUCAGGAAGCUGAACUGCGAUGUAGCAUCUGGGCAGAACGGCGGGCAGAACGACGGGGAGGAGGAGGACGCGGAUGGGGAUGGAGAUAUCCCACUAGCCUCCCCUCUGGCCAAGUUCCCCCCUGCCAGCCCCCUGAAAGCCCACGCCCACGCCCAUCACCAGCCGUUGCUGAGCCCCCUAAGCCGCGGCACUCUGGCUUCUAGCUUCAGUGCCAACCCCCCUCGCCCUGGUAGCCCCCUCACACGCGUUCCCCAACAGCAGCAACCGCAGCAGCAGCAGCAGCAGCAGGGUGAGAACAGCGGUGGUGGCGGUUUUGCAGAUUCCUCUGGAGGGGUUGUGAACCAGAACCUGCCGCGGAGGCUGGUGAAAUCAGGUUCGGAGCGGGUGGGUGGGGCUCCAGGGUCGGGAGGAGAUGGCAGCUUCAGAAGCAGCAGCAGUGUUGGUGCUGCUGCUGCUGCUGCUGCUGGCAGCGGCCGUGGUUUCAGCAGUGGCGCGGGUAACGAAACCAGCAGCGUUCCGAGCCCGAGGAGGUUUCUAAAGUCAGGCUCGGAGCGAGGCAUGGCCGGACCUGGAGUUCCCUCGUCGUCCUCCCUUCCUGUAGCCCAGGUUCUCGAAGGCCCUCCGUCAGCCGCUGCUGGGUGUGCAGCAGCAGAGGCACAUGUGGGUGUGCCCGAGCAAAGGCUGGGACGGGACAUUCGACACACGCGCAUGCUGGGAAACGGGUCGCUUAAAGAGCAGGGGAGUCGCGGAUGGGUGGAGGGCGGUGGAGGUGGAGGAGGAGGGGUGGGGGUGGGUGCAGGGGGAGCAGGAGGGCAUGGGUCGAGGUUGGGAGGGCCCCCUGGGAUACCCAGGCAGUGGAGUGCUGGGGAACCUGGGGGGGGUGGUGCUGGGGGGGUGAGUGGGGGCGGAGGGCCUGGGGGAAUGGCAGGCCAUGCCCAUACGCACGCGCAUGUUCAUGCACAUGGGCAUGGGCAUGCGGCAGGGGUACCCAGGCAAAGGAGUGUGGGGGAAGUGGUUGGGGUAGGGCAGCAGCAGGGCAGCGCCGCCGGCACUGCUGCUGGCACCAGUCGCGUGCACUUCCCGCCGGAGCGCAUGGCUGGCCGAGGGGAGGGGGGUGGUGGGCAGGAGGGCUCGUUUGACCAAUGGCAGGUUGAGGAGCCUGCCUCAGGGGGGGAUGGACAGGGAGGGGGGGGGAUGGUGCAAGCACCCGGAGCAGCAAUGACAGCAGCAGGAGUGGGAGGAGGAGUAGCAGGAGGGGGAGGGGUGCAGGGAGGGAUGCAGAUGCGCAUGGGUAGGCCAUCGUCCCCUCAGCUGGGGGGUCGACCCACUCCUCCCCCCGGCCAUGUGUCCCCGCACAGGGCACGGAGCUCCCGGCUCAAGGAUAGCAGCUCUUCAGGUGGGCUGGCAGCAGGCCACAUUGUUUCAGGUGGUUCUCCAGGUGCUGGUGGAGGUCCGGGCGGGGUAGCUUCAGGUGGUAUCAACAGAGCGGAGAUUGCGGCCGGCAGGCGGGCGGCGUGGAGGAGGAGCAGCAGCAUCGGGGCCGGCGAGACUCGGAGCGGAGCGCUUGACAUGCCGAGGCCGACCUCGCCGCAGCUGUUUGGAAGCAUCAAGGAAACAGCGAGGGAAGGUUCCUCCAGUGCUCCGUUCUCUGCAUUCCAGGGGCAGCACCAUGUGCAACAACAGCAGCAUGGGCAGCAGCACCAGCUGUCAGCGCAACAGCAGCAGCAGCAGCAGCAGCAGCAGCAUCAGGUGGGCGGCAGAAGCAGCCCUUCCCGGGUGUCACCUUCCAAGUGGAGGCCUCAGCUGGCUCCUGUGCCUGUAGGUGGAAUGGCAGGCGGAAUGGCAGGUGGAUCUGAGACAGGUUCAUUUGGUGGAGGUGCUACUGCUGCUGGGGGCAGUGGUGGUGGAGUAGGGGAAGGUAAUGCUGGUGGGAUGGGUGGGCAUCAGCAGCAGCAGCAGGGUGGGAUGGGGCGGCCCAGGACUGGUCAUGCUCGUAGGCAUUCAUUUGCUGUUGGAUCUGGGUCGUUUGAUUUUGCUUCUCAACCACCGAGCUCGUAA